ACAACUGUGGGGGAAGAACGUUGAUAUUUGUUGGUGAAGAAGACCACCGUGUUCCAUCAACAUCAGGGACUCUGGUAGAUGGUGACCUCUUCAGAGUGGUGGGACGAAUCAUAGGGCAUUCUUUCCUCAAUCGUGGACCAUUGCUCUGUGGCUUAAGUAAUUGUCUGCUACCACUCAUAUGUGGAGACAAACUUGCUACCCCAGUUUUUGAGAUGAAAGACUGCCCUGACACAGACAUCACAGACAUUGUCUUUCUUCUUGAAAGUGAAAGAGACCUCACAGAGGUUGAAAAGGGAGAGGUGAACCAGUUGGCCAUGAGUUGGGACCUGCCAAUGGUUACUAUCCAAAACCGUCGUUGGUUGGCGGAAAGAGUCCUGUAUCAUGGAGUCAUUGGUCGACGACUGCAGCAGAUUGCCCAAAUCAGAGCUGGGCUAAAAGAUACGGGGGUGCUGCAGAUGCUAAAGCAGCGUCCUGACUUGGCAACAGUUCUUUUUCCAAGGGGGGCUGAAGAAGUUUUGGAGCCCGAGUUUGUUCUUCAAAGAGUCCUUUGGCCAGAGCCAGACAGUGACGAGGAGGACAACAUUGAAGUUCUUUGCAAAGCCACUUCAUUUCUAAGGGCUUACAUUGAAUCAGCUUCUUCCUCAGAACUACGGCAACUUGUUCAGUUUUGGACAGGAUGGACAGUUGUCCCGGAACAGAUGACUGUAGAGGUUGAAGCAGAUCUCACUUUCCCAGUUGCAUCCACUUGCUUCACCACUCUCAAGAUUCCCGGAAGAUACGAGACCUUUCCUGAGUUUAGCAACUCACUAAAAGCCGCUGUGGCAACAACACAGUUUGGCUUUGGGCGUGUGUGAAUGAUAACUAAAUUUAUAACUUUUUGGGCAAUCUUUUUCACAACUUUCUUCUUCUUUUUGAUAUGCUGUUUAGAGUUGCAUUACCAGUCUUUGUUAAUUUUGUAAUUUUUUUGACCAACUU